GGAACUGGCGCGCAACAAAAGCAGCAACAACAAAUGAUCCACGGGGAGCGCGAACACGCGACGGCGCUGAUGAUGGCGUGUAAGCACUUGCCGGCCCCGCUCUUGGCCACGCCGGGUGAGCGGGCCGGCAUGCUGGUGGAAGCAGCCAGGACCCUGGAGAGGAUCGGAGACUCGAAACGCCUGCAGGACUGCUAUCACCUCAUGAAGGCUAUCGGCUCAUCCUCGGCUGCUGGUGCGGAUGGCUGA